AGGAUAUAAGAAAACAUGUCUUUCCCAACAGCUAAGAACUGUAGACAUUAGUGUGCCAGGCUUCAGUAUCGAUCGCCUGUCCGCUACCUCUGUUCGCCUUUCGAGAUUACGUUAUUGAUAAACGGGUGUACAGGAAGGCACACACACACGUCAAGCCAGUACCCGCUGAUGAGUAAAACGUGCUCGCUGCGUUGGCUCCUCCGCCCGGCUCCACUCCCUGGUCCUAACUCCUCCCAGUCGCUCAGGUUUCGCGAUGGGUGCUGCCAUUCCAAUCUUACUGGUGUUCAUAGGUUGUUGCAGCAAUGUGGUUUUCCUCGAACUGCUUGUUCAAGAUGAACCUGCCUGCGGUACCAUCCUCACCUUCGCCCAGUUCCUUUUCAUUGCCAUCGAGGGCUUUGUGGUCACCAUGGACUGCGGGAGGAGGAAGAAUGCAAUUCCUGUCAAAGAAUAUUUGAUACUGAUGACGAUGUUCUUUACGGUCAACGUCACCAACAACAUGGCUUUUGGUUACAAGAUUUCCAUGCCGCUGCACAUUAUCUUUCGAAGUGGAGGCCUCAUAGCCAGCCUGGUGAUGGGCGUCCUGGUUCUGGGGCGCAGUUACUCCUUGUCGAAGUACCUGUCAGUUAUCAUGAUCACCCUCGGUACCAUCAUUUGUACCUUCGCAUCGGCAGAGAACCUGCUAGAGAUUCGUUGUUAUGCUGGGGGCUGUUGA